GAACAGAUCUUGUGCUCCCACAAGAGCAGUCACACGUGUACCGAACUCAUUUUUCGACGCCCGGGCGCCCGGAGCAAUGCUGAGUGGAGCUCGAAGCCUCCGUGUCCAGACCGUUUGGACUGCAGCUGGGCCAUACCCUGAGUUCUUCGGGCCUGGGUGCGACCUGGCUGCGCGGGCGGACAUCGAUUGCACGUACCUCACUUGCAGCAGGGAUGGUCGUGUCCACAUGGUGUCUAAAAUCUACGACUGCGAAGCCCCUUUCUGGCGCGCAAUCACAGCGUUAACUCACGACAUCGGCAGGAAUUCAAGCAAUGCGACUGCUGUAUCAGACUGCAAGGCGCCUCCACAAUGGGUUCCGUGGCCCGUGGGGUCAGCGAGCUUGUGGAGAAAGAGACCUAUCUGCCGGAAUCUCUCGGCCGUGACGCUUCCGUGACGCGACUCAAGAACAGCUGCGUGACCGUGGAGGAGGCCCGGAGUGCGAGGCCCGUGGGUGUGGGGCGAGCACCACUGCAUGUGCGAGGCGGACGUCCGGUAUGUAUGGAAGUGAAACCUCGCACCUUCAUCCGUUUCUUCGUCGGUUUUGCCGAUCUGCAGGGGUUCGCUCCACGAAAAGUUCUUCUUGGACCCUUGCUAUGCAGGAGGCCGACGCUUGCAGCCUCGGAACCGACGAACGGUGUGAUCGAGAACAACGAUCAUGAUUGCCUGAGAGAAGGCAACGCCCCAGUUCGCAAUGAUUCACUCUUCAACAGAUACACUGUGGCAUACCUCAGAGUGAUCCCGUGUCGCGCGCUAGUGGCGCUACGUCAAGCAGAAGUCCUCAGCUCGAUAUCGGAACAGGUACGCGAGUCACUGACAGUUCAUUACAUAGAGUGCACGAUUCGAGGUCUUGUCGGGCACCUCGGUCCAUGCACUACGACCGGGGGUCAUGAUGGCAGUCAGUGGCGAUUGCGUUCCUAGCUGAGUGGGUACCACCUCCGGAGGAUACUGGCACCCGAGCACAUGCAACUGCUAGCGGUUUUCUUGGACAUGUUCUCAAUUAAUGCUGACGAUCUGUGUGCAUCAGACGUUAACAACAGGCUGAGGCCGCCGCAACAACGCUUUUCUAGAGAAAUGACCUCCGUCCCCGAACGAUUUCGUUGCCCUGGCUAUACGCCUGCUGGUCAACCAACGGUCCGUGUUCUUGUGAGG